AUGGAUGAUGAUGAUGAUGCUGAUGCAGCUCUCGAAAAGUUCUUCGAGGAGGAUGCUCUGCUGGAGGCACUACAGGAUGCUCCAGACAUGGAAGCCCAAGCAGAGGCCUUCAAGGCUCGGUCCGAGGGCUCGAGACAGAAGGACGAGAAGAGCUCUACAAGGAGUGAGGGUCCUCAAACCAAAGCGGGCUUGCAGAUGCGAGCAACUGCUUCUGCGGCGCAGGCAUCCCGCGAGCCUGCGGGGCCUGGGCAUGGCUCUGCGCCCCAGAGCUUCGACGUGGAGGCGCCCGGAGCGCCCGGAGCGCCCGGACCCGGCCGGCGCAGAGCGAAGGGACGGUCCUGGCGCGGUACCAUGGCCGUCAUUCUAGUAAGCCUGGUCAUCUGGGCUAUACUUAUGGCCAUCUGGAGUCCAGCAGAGCUGUGGCCACACGUUCCCGAAGUUUCAGUGGCUACCGAGGGGCUGGUGAAGGAGAUGGCAAGAAACACACCACGACCGAUCCAGCUGCCUGGGCACAGCUCCGCGAACGAGACCCGUGCUGCUGGCCCUCGUGCCCGCGUGAAUGUGUCCUGGUCGUCGCUGGACAUAUCUGGCAAUGCCACCGAUGCAGUUGCAGAAAACUCCACAGGUGGAGGGCGUCCAGUACCUUUCCGUCGCAAGGGCCGGCGUGUUGAUGGCAUUGGCCAUUGA